AUGGCAAGUUUAUGGUGUCUUUUAAUAUCCGUUAUCGUUGCUUUUGGGGCAUCUUUUGGGUUCACAGUAUUGAUCUUAUGGCUUGUUUUCAUAACCCACAAGAUCAAAUUCAAUGUAACAGAUGCCACUCUAACCCAAUUCAACUUCACCAACAAUGACACACAACUUCAAUACAACCUUGGCAUUUACUUCACCAUUAGAAACCCUAACGAGCGAGUUGGAAUCUAUUAUGACACCAUUGAAGCAACUGCAAUGUACAAAGAUCAAAACUUUGACACAAGAUUGCUAACUCCAUUUUACCAAACCCCAAAGACAACGAGCUUACUUAGAGGACGAUUUGAAGGGCAACGGGCUGUGGUAAUCGGCAACAACAAGGUUUCUGAAUUAAAAUCUGAGAAACUUGCUGGAGUCUAUUCAGUUGAUGUCAAAUUUCGUCUUUCGUUGAGGUUGAAAUUUGGGAUUUAUAAAAUUGUUAGAGUUAGGCCUAAAGUGGAAUGUAGAUUCCAAGUUCCAUUGAAUUCUAGUGGAACUUCUUCUUUUCCUUGGUUUCAAGAGGCUAUUGGUUGUCAUGUUGAUUAUUGA